AUGUCGCCCAACGUACCAGAAAACAACAUCGAUGUCCUCGUUAUUGGGGCUGGACCUGCUGGCUUGAUGGCCGCAUUAUGGUUCUCUGAACUCGGCAUAAAUGCCCGAGUCAUAGACAAGCGAGGCAGCAAAAUAUUCAAUGGCCAAGCUGAUGGCAUUCACACCCGAACGCUCGAGAUUUUUGAUAGCUUUGGGAUGGCUAAGAAUAUCCUCUCGCAAUCGUCCACUUUCGUAGAGCAUUGUACCUGGGUACCUACCGAAAAGGGUGGCAUCCAUCGUGUUAAGACAAUGCCGGCCUUUGCGGCAGACGAUUCUCGUUUUCAGCCGCAAACAAUCCAUCAAGGUCGAAUUGAAAGCAUCUUCCUAGAUGGGAUCAAAGCACGCUCCAACCUGAAAGUAGAGCGUGGUGUGGAGCCGAUAUCAAUAGAGCUUGAUCGCGGUGCAAUUGAAGAUCCGGAUGCGUAUCCCAUUACCCUGACCUUGAGACACCUGAAGCGUGCAGACGUCACAUCACAGGUGAUCAGAAGCCACUGGAAGGCCCCGAAGAGGGAAGAACAAACCGGCGUGAAUGGGCAUCAUGACGGACCGAAGAUCAACCAGCUUCAUGAGAAGUUUGAUGAGCAUGAGAGGACUGAAAUCGUUCGAGCCAAGUAUGUGCUGGGUUGCGAAGGAGCUCAUAGCUGGACGAGGAGACAGCUGGGAUUCCAAAUGGAAGGUGAUACCACGGACUCUAUCUGGGGGGUUAUGGAUGUUAAUCUAAUUACCAACUGGCCGGACACCCGAAAAUUCUCUUCCAUUCAGUCUGAGCACGGGGCAAUGCUCAUCGUUCCCCGAGAGAACAGGUUAAAUCGAAUCUAUAUCCAACUAGCCGACAAUGAGACAGGCAAAUCUGCAUCGGAGAAGUUGAAUCUCACAAGUGCAGAUAUAUUCAGCACCGCCCAAAAGAUUAUGUCCCCAUAUCUAUUCGAUUAUGCGUACUGCGACUGGUGGACUGUUUUCCGUGUCGGGCAACGUGUGGCAGAUCGGUACGAGCAAGAUCAGCGUAUUUUCCUUGCCGGUGAUGCUGUUCACACUCACACUCCUAAGGCAGGUCAGGGAAUGAACGUCUCAAUGCAAGAUACAUUUAAUCUAUGCUGGAAGAUCGCGGGUGUGUUGAAUAGCGAAUAUUCUAGAGCGAUCCUCAAGACCUACGAGGCCGAAAGACGAGCUGUGGCGCUACAGCUAAUCUCCAUCGAUGCUGAAUUGACCCAGGCACUUGAAGGCCGUCCAACCCAGGACGAGCUUCACCAGCUAUACCGUGCCCGCCGGCAGUUCCUCAGCGGGAUUGUGACGUAUGAGCCAAAUAUCCUCGUUGCCCGAAGCCGCCAAUCAUCACUAGGACGAUGCCCUUCCUGUGGUGGAAGCUCUGCUGUGGUGGCAGAACCUGGCGUCGCGAAAUUUAUUACCCUCGGGGCACGGUUUUCCAGUUACGAAGUCGUAUGCCAGGCGGAUGCUCGGCUCUGGCAGACUCAAGACUGGCUUAAGAGCGAUGGUCGAUGGAGGGUGAUCGUCUUUGGAGGGGAUGUGGCAAGCACCGGUCAACUUGCGAGGGCCAACAAGCUUGGAAUGGACCUGGUCCGAGUUUUAGGUAAAUUUGAGGCGCACAAGAUGAAAUCGAAGUUCGAAAUCUUUUUUCUUCACUCUUCAAAGCGCGAACAAGUGGAGAUCACUGAUUUUGAGGGCCCCUUCUUCCCGCUGGAUCUGAAUUUCGGCCACGACUAUGAGAGGGUCUUCGCAGAUACAGAUAAUGCUUCUUCAACUUCUGGUAAUUCUCAUGGGUUUUAUGGAGUUGACAGUACUCGGGGUGCCCUGUUACUUACGCGUCCUGAUCAGCAUGUGGGCUGGAUGGGUGAGUACGAAGAACUACGGAACUUGGAGCGGUAUCUGGAGGGGGUUUUUUUGUAA